AAUAAAGGUUAUUAAAAAUUUUUUUAAAAAGAGUUAUAGGCUGACACAGUGUUAGUACUGGUAACAGAGAUAUGAAAGCUAGGAGCUACAUGGCACUUUAAACCUAGAUUAUGGGUGCAACAACAGAAUGUCUAGGUGCACUUUUAAAAUAACAAGAAUACAAAGCUGAAAAUGAAUUAACUGCAGCUAAAAUAUUAUGUUUAUUUUUCACAUGCUCGAGUCCUUCCCCUGCCCACCCCUCUAAUAUUCUUAAGAGGGUCUCUUCUCCUGUCUUCAGAGACUAGCUGGAAGUGGGGAGGCAGAUAAAGGUCCUCCUUUCCUUCCACUCUGCAGUGUUAAUCUGAAGUAUUUAAUCUGAGAGCUCAGAAACUGCUCACACUAGUGAAAUUCCCUGUCGCAAAGUGCGCCUAGAACAAUGGGAGUUUCGAACACUGCUGACAUGGUGAUGCUCUGCCAUUUUCCUUUUUAUUAACCCAUGUAAUGAAAUCAAACCAUUACGAAAUAAAUUUGUCCCUCUUUUUAAUCCUCUUGGCCAUUCUCAGUUUAUGUGUCAAUGUCUCUUGCUCAGUCCAAUACUACAGAUUUUUCUAUGCCCAUAGUCCCUUGUGACCCCCUUCGUGUACAGUAUCUCCAAAACUGUGCUACUGUUGGCCUGGCUGCUGCUGGUAAAUGGUUGAUCAGGGGUUCAGCAUUUUGAUUUAUAUUCUUUUCAGAGAAAAUGAGUUUGAAUCCACUUAAUCACAUAGCUAAAAACUCAACAGCCAGAUAUGCAAUAUCUUUUUCUUGAGAAGGUAAAAUGAAGACAAAUUCAAUGGAAUUCCAGCUUAAGCUUUUAAAAACAAAUCAUAUUGUUCAUUUUAUUAUACUCUUUCCACUUGGUUACAUAGAUUUGUCUUGGAGGGCAUGCUCAUCGCAACAGGAUGUCCUUUUCAAGAAGAAGUAUUUUGCCUGUACUUGCAAAAUCAUUGUUGUAAAGUCUCUUGAGUUACUUGCAAAAGCAUUAAUCAUUACCUUAGGGAAAAUAUAAUUAUCUGUGGAGAAAUCAUGUCUUGAGUCUAGGUAACUCUGACUUAACAGCUUGACUGCUGCUCAGUAUUCCAGAGGAAAAUAGUCUUGGCACCAUGCUACUUAUUUCCAUGCUAGUUCAGUGCAGUUUAAUGAACUGCUGUGGGUAGAUUAAAUGGUUCCUUUUUUAAAAGGAGGAGAUUGAUUCAUUCAACUCUGAACACUUUUAUCUCCCCUUUAAGCUUUAAUUUUUCCCACUGGGGAAAAAAUGGUAUUCAAAAGUACUCUGGAAGAGGUCUUAGCUCUGUGCUAGAACAUGUUUUACAUACAGAAGACAAUCUUAAAACUUCCAUGGAUGCAAAGAAUUCAACCCCUUUUUCAUUUUAGAUAGCAACACAGAGAGAGGCUCCCUGCCUGAGAUCUUGAUGUGGUGCUUUCAUAAAGAGUAUACAAUAUUGGACUCAAGGGACCAGUUGUGACCCAGUAUGUGGCCGCUUUGCUUAACUUCCGUUGCGUCAAACCCAGUGAAUCUGUAGUUGCCAACCUGCAGCAAAUGUGCAUUUGGAAUUGAUAGGAUUCAAGGACUGUGUGUGGUCACAAUGCUAAGACAAAACAAGGUUCAGCAAAUUAUAGCCUGAAGAAACCCAAGAUCCAUGAAUCUUGGCUUCUUUGGAGACCAAAAAACAAACAAACCUGUGAACACUGGUGCAAACCUAAACCUAAACCAGCCACUUCACCUACUGGAGGAAGCGGGGAGCAAAGUGGGAGGGCUUGAGCUGUGUGCCCAAAAUUCAUGCAGUCUAAUUUGCUUAACCAUGGUUUUUGGUUGAGCAUUGCAUGACCCAUGAAUGCCAUGGGAUAUGAGUUAUAGUUGAAACGAGAGGAAGUGAAGAGGGCAGCAUUUGCCCGUUUUUCUUUUGUUUGGAAACACAGAAACGCCAAAGAGUUGAAGCCAUCUAUAGCAAACUCCUCCCUGUGCCCCGCUAAGUAUGAUUUCAGUCUUGAACUACUCAUGAUUUUUAAUCUCAAUACCUAUAAUAAAGCUUAUUCCUCAUAUGUUUAUUUCAUUAAUGAUUAACAAUGUAAUGAGAACUCCCCAGAGUACUUGCAGCCCUACCAUUGUAAGAAAAUAGGUCUCCACCCUUUUCAGAAUGCAAUUCCUUCUCAAAGUCCUGGUGCAAGGCAGCCACAGGGCAGACCCUAGUACUGCUAAAAACACCUCAAUGUGCAGAAAAUGGCCAACCUAGGUGGUAGUGUUGGUUAAUUGUAAUUGCUAUUUAAUUUAUUUAUAAAACAGUUUUCAAUUCAGGUGCUGCUGUUUUUCCAUGAACUGGUAGAAUAAAUUGGAGAGUCAAUAAAGCUGCUCCCUUUUUUCUGGGCUAUUAUGGGACCACCCGAGGAGCAAAUCAGAAGAUGGUGACAUGGCAUGAGAAGGGCUGUUCUGUGGCGGCCAGCAUUUUUAAGAAAAAAAGAGAAGAACAUCCCCUUCCUUAUGCAUUGGAAAGAGUGCUGCAUUUCCUUUCAUUUCUCCCUCUAUCCCUACUAUAUCCCUAUCAUAACCCAGGAUUGUCCAUCAGGAUAAUAAAUUAUUAUUAUUAUUAUUAUUAUUAUUAUUAUUAUUAUUAUUAUUAUUAUUAUUAUUAUAGGUCAACUUGCUCACAGUCACUUGCCAGGUCUCCCUUUAGGUUGUGCUACUUGCAAUUGAUACUCUUACUGUUCUGCUGGAGCGCUAACAAGUGAUAGGUGAUAUGGAGUAGUGAUAUUUUCAUGGACGCUAUUUCCGCAUUGCUAGCUGACAGUUUUGAUGUCAAGGGACAAGCUUGCAUAGCACGACCAGGAUCCUCUGGCUGGCGAGUUGAAUUCUAUGGACAUGCUCAGAAGUGAAUGACUCAGGACCUUUCGCUUGGUGAUAAGAUGUCGUGGGAGAGGUCACUGGCCUGCUAACUCCAGUUUGUGCAUGCUUCUGCUUUUGUGAGUUCACAAAUGAAAAAAUAUAAGCAUACUGGUCUGAUGUCAAAGUUCAGGACUCUUUGGGGUCACUAACUUAGUAGCUUUAGCCUGCAGAUAUGAGAGCUAGAGAGAGGCUUCAGAGACGUCACUUUCUCAUUGCCUCUGGCUAGCUGCAGAAGAUCCUGGCCACCAAGUUUUUAGAAGUGACAUAUCCAAAUGUCAGAUAUUUGAAGAUGUAUGUGAAAGAUCCAUGACCUAGCAUUGAAGCUGUACCUGAUCUUCAAAAUAAAAUUGUUGGCAGAGGGAAAAGUCAAUCCAGUAUAAAACUGACGCAAUUGAACAACUAGGUCUUGUCUGCAUUUAUCUUUUGCCCCACACUUUCCAGGCAGAGGUCUGUGUCUGAGUAGGGUCUUUUCUUUUGCCCAUAACUUUCCCUGCAAAAACCUGCUCUUGGGUCAUUCCACGCCAAAACACCUGAUUUUAAUACUGGACUGCACUCUCACGACUCUGAUUUUCUUCAUUAAAAAAAAUGUGUAGAUACCUAUGAGAUAACCUCAAAUUAAUUGUUAAAGAUUUUUUUUGGUCCAAAAUUGGGCACAGGAGAAUUUUUUGAACAUUUCAGUUUUCACACGAUUUAGGCUAAUGCAAUUUCUGCAUCAGUUUAGAAAAAAAAUCUCCUGUUUCGUUUAUUUUUCAACCAAUUGAGCUUAUUUUGGUAUAAAGAUAAAGCUAAUUGUCGUCUCUUUUAGAAUAACAUAUAAAAAUGGUAUUAAGUGCAACAGAAAAGGGUCACCGACCAAACAAAGUGAAUUUUUGUCAUUUUAUUCCCGGUAGGUUCGAUAAGCCAUAGCUCGUAAACCACAGCUAACAUAUGUAUCAUACUUGUUUUGUAAAAUGGGCUAAUCGUGUACUUGUUAUAUUUUAAAAAUGAGGGUGUUUUUUGUGGUUAGAAAAUAAAUUGAUUUUGAAGCAAUAAUUUUACAAAAAAUAUUACUUUUUUGGACAGGUUUAAGGUCUCUUUGAGCCUGAAAUAACUCACACAUUCAUGAGAAUAGUUAAAAUUGUACCCUCUUAUGCUGCAAUGUCAUCUGAUAUAUUUUAAAAAUUAAGUUUUAUUGAUUAUUUAAUAAAAACAAAAUAUGCCUCAGCGCCCUUGUUCAUUUUAUUGUGUAAAACACUUCUGCAAUGGUAUGGUCAAAGCUAUUUUGUUUCCCAUACAUGUAAUAUGGUCAAUGAUGCUGUUUUGACCACUGUAUGCAAUAUGACCUUUCUGAAUCAGCAAGAAAAAAUGUAUUUAUUUAUUUUUGUAUUUAAAAAUGUCCAACAAGUUUCUUGUGAAUGAAACCAAAAUCAGAAUUUUCAAAAAAUUCUCCUGCGCCUAAUUUUUGACCAUAAAAUCUUUUAAAAUUAAUUUGACAUUAUCUCAUAGGUAUCUACACAUAAUUUUUGGGGGGAAGAAAAUCUGAGUCAUGAGAGCACAUGGCACCAGGUGAUUUGGCGUGGAAUGACCCUCUUUAAAGCUGAUUUGGAGCGCAAUUAAUGGCUUCUUCUUCUAAUACUCCUAAUGACUCACAUUCAUCUGGGCCAUCUCAUAAUUAAUGCUUGAAAGACAGUUUCCAACUAAGCCUUGUGUUGCACAUUGGGCUAUUCCUGAAGACUGCUUGAAGUUGCUGCAGUAGCAGAAUCUGAUGGCCUUGCUUCCUUCAUGAAUAGGUUGCAUACCGUACCUGCCAACAUGGCAUAAGCCCAAGGUGCUGGUGAUCUCUCUUUUUUAAAUAGCUUUGUAUAAACUGGUUGCAUCAAACAUUCAGCAUCACCUCUCAUAUGAAUUUCCCUGUUGAUCAGCUGGACUCAACUUUUCUGAGAAGACGUGUAUCAGAUUGCCUUGCUGGGAAUUUAGUGUAGAUUUGUUUGGCAGGCUUUCUAGACUUUUACUGGAAAUUUGGGCAUCCUUUCUCUGAUGUGGUUUAGUAUGUGUUAGGACUGGUCUUUCCAUCUUUUCUUAGCUAAGUCUACUAUGUACUAGAAAAUGAUAAUCUUGAGUGCAUUGGGUGUGUGGCAGUGAACCCUCUAGUUCUGAUUCAGUAAGCUGGUGUGAUAGCUCACAACAUUCAAACACAGUAAUUUGCCAGUUCCUGUUAAGGAAAACCAUCAUUUUGGCGGGGGUUAAAACCUCACACAGAUGGUUGAGGACUGGGAAGAGCCUGAUUCACGGGGAUUUUAUGCUGUAAAACCUGGCAUCUUUAAAGGGUUACCAAGAACCAAGAAGCAGCUCAGGGGUGGCAAGGCUGAUUUCUACAGACUGAAUGAUUUCCACAGACUGAAUUCAGCGAGGCCAUUAUUUUGCUCCAGGCUUCCAGUAAAUAAAAUAAAAGUGCACUCCAGGGCAUACAGGUUUUGCAGGAAGGCACUAAUCCCAUCCUGGGUCUCAGUUCCUGCUUCAGCUGCUCUUGACAGUUUCAAACCACUCGACCAACUUGGUAGUACAGCUGUAUGCAAAUUUUCAAGUGACACAGGACUUUCAUCCUUAGGGGUUUUGUGUGUGACUCAAAAGCUUGCCUAGUCCUGAAUCAACAAAAGUUUAUCUGUGUAGGAGUCACAAGAAGGUCUUAUUGAAGCAGAAUGAAAAAUAUAUGCCAUACUGAGACCUUUCUCCACUCUAAAUCUUGCAAAAUGCUAUAAGUACUGCUCCAUUAAAAUGACACUUAAUUGAUAAUGUUUUCUGCCUGAUAUAGAGCCCUGUAUAAGUCAAAUGCUUACAAAUUCCUGUACCUAUAUCUUCAUGUACUAAAGAUGAUUAAAAAUGAAAUUGCAUUACCAAUUACUGUAUAUGUAUGACAUGGGUGGCGCUGUGGUCUAAACCACAGAGCCUAGGGCUUGCCGAUCAGAAGGUCGGCGGUUUGAAUCCCCGCGACGGGGUGAGCUCCCAUUGUUUGGUCCCAGCUCCUGCCCACUUAGCAGUUUGAAAGCACGUCCAAGUGCAAGUAGAUAAAUAGGUACCGCUCUGGCAGGAAGGUAAACGGCGUUUCAGUGCGCUGCUCUGGUUAGCCAGAAGUGGCUUAGUCAUGCUGGCCACAUGACCCGGAGGCUGCGGGAAAAAGCCGGCUUCUUCGGCCUAUAGAGCGAGAUGAGCGCCGCAACCCCAGAGUCGUCCGUAACUGGACCUAAUGGUCAGGGGUACCUUUACCUUUUUAUAUGUAUGACAUAUUUCAAAAGACCAAUUUUAGAUGGGACAAGAGUGCACUAGUUUUCCAGUUGUAUGCAAGCCCUCAGUCACUGCGCAGGGAGUGUUGGGCGGGAACGUACAAUAUAUGAAAGGUAUCAUUUUUUGCUGUAACUUUCUUUUAUGUGGGACUGUGUAGGUUUGUUUCCAACUUCUCCAUUUAUUAUUUGUCCCACGGAAUGAAAAGUGCUGUUGUCUAAACCACUGAGCCUCUUGAGCUUGCUGAUCAGAAGGUCGGUGGUUCGAGUCCGCGCAACAGGAGGUUGAAGAUUUUGAAGCAUUUUGUGUCAAGCCGUCCAGUUUGCAAAACAGAUGGGAUUGGGUUCCACCAAACCUUUCUUCUGGGAAAAUGCACUGAAUCAGAGGCUGUGCCUAAUAUGGCGGGUUUUGACCUUUACCUCUACUGGAAUGGACCCCAAUGCAUGACUUCGUUACCAUGGUGAUGAUCUUAACUACAACUCUGGAAAACAAAGGUGCUGAUUCUCUAUCAUGCAGGGCUGAGUUGCACACUCCAAAGAAGAUGAGUCAAGGACCCACUCUCUUUUCUUGUGGAAUUAUGGAAAAUGACAGAUGGAGAGAUCUCAGUAGGAAAUGUCCCCUUCAGAUCGAUCAGCCAAGCGCCAGCAUUUGGGACUGCCUGCCUGACAAAAGCGAAGAAAGCGCCAUAUGGCAGAGAGAGGCAGCUAGCACAUGCGCAGUGACCAACUUGAUCAAAGACCUCAGCCUCAGUGACCGCAAUGGCAAUCCCUCAGCACCUCCCAGCAAACGCCAGUGUAGGUCGCUCUCUUUUUCUGAUGAGAUGUCUAGCUGUAGGGCUUCAUGGAGGCCUAUAGGAUCAAAGGUCUGGACUCCUGUAGAAAAGAGACGGUGUUACAGUGGUGGAAGUGUCCAGCGCUAUUCCAAUGGAUUCACCACCAUGCAGAGAAGCUCAAGCUUUAGCCUUCCUUCCAGGUCAAACACUCUUUCCUCAUCCUACGACCAGUCUGCGUUUAGCAACAGAUUAGGAUGCCAGCCAUGCCAAGGAAUGAGAAGGUCAGCCACUUAUGGGCAGGCGAGUGAUAUCUGGGGCAGCGACCACGGCUCUGUAGAAGGUGGCAGGGUUGACAUCCAGCGGUCUCUCUCCUGCUCCCAUGAUCAGAUUUCUUUUUCGGAAUAUUGCCUGCCCUCAGCCAGCAGCACACCUGCCUCAACCCCAGAGCUGACAAGGCGCUCCAACGGGCUUUCCCGAAGCCGGUCCCAGCCAUGUGUCCUUAAUGACAAGAAAGUUGGAAUUAAACGGCGGCGGCCUGAAGAAGUAAAGGAACAAAGACCUUCACUGGAUCUUGCCAAGAUGACCCAGAAUUGUCAGACUUUUAACAGCCUUAGCUGCCUUAGCAUCACAGCGGAUGAUUGCUCUCAACAGAAUCAGUUCUCACCUGGUAUCGGCGGCACCAAGUCAUGGACAACAGCAUCCCUUUGCACCUUGGACGUCAUGCCAGGCAGGACACCAGCCUGCACCCCUGUGCCAGAGCCACACUCAAACACAGAAGAAUGUAAAUCUAGCAAAGAAGAUUUCUCCUAUGAGGAAUCAGAGUUUUGUGCCACAGAAGACGAGAGCAGUAGGAAAGAAGAGGACAACUCCUCAUGGAGGAACAGUGGGACAGGAGGGGAUAACAUCUUUCAGUUGGAUGGUGAAUUAGAUAUUGAGCAGAUAGAAAACAACUGAGAAGACAAAGUGGAAUGAUCUGUCUACAUCAAACCUUUUAGGAGUGGUAAGAUCUCACAGGUUGUCAAUGCAGGCAGGAAAGUAAGUCCACAUUUUUCUUCCCCACUGAAGGGUGGGAGAGGACAAGAAGCUUUGCCAAAAUUUCAUCAGGUAUCUUGUUAAACCUUGAAACUCUUUUAGAACUACUGUAGCCCGUGAGGUUUUGCAAACAUACUUUAGAGAAAACCUCCAAAUUAUAUCAGCACAUUAAAAAACAAAAAGCUUUGUGGGUGAAUCAAAACUUGAAAUUGUGGAAUGUUAGAAUAAUAGCAACUAAAAUGUUUUUUUUUAAAGUGUCUGGAACAGGGCUUAAACAAAAAGUAAGGAAAGACCAGAAAGUCUGUUGCUUGGCUUCAUUCACAAAUAGGCAACGUCAAUAUCUAGACAGGCAGCUGGUUCAUCCUGGUUCAUGGGAAUCCUGACCCGCUUUGGCUUUUUGAACAGAGUAGAAUAUUCAUUUUUUAUUUUUGCUGUUGGACAAUUUUCAUUGUAAACUGCACCUCAGAUAACCUUAUUAAAGGGAAUGGGCAAGGUGAAGAUUAGCAUUGUUCUCUGAAUUCAUUUUCUGUUGGAUUAUCUUUCAGGUAGCAUAUCUGAUAAGAUUCUACAAGGUCUCACAAUCGCGACUUUCCAGUCCUUGCUGUAGAAUCACAGUAGCCUUUUACAGUCUGCUUGCUCCAUUUUUUAUUCUGUAGUCAUCAAGGACGCCAUUCAAAGAGCGCACACAUUAUUUGCCCUGAUCCAGUACAGCAAGAUCCGUAGGUUUCCAGCCAAGGCAGGUAUAUAUGAGCAUUUGGACACACAUUCUCAUCAGUGCUCAUUUGGUCCAUGUUGGACCGACUGGAUGCAUAACCUCAUUUGGGCCCUUCUCUCUUGUACCUUGCAACUGGAGCUGGAUUUCAGGCCAUUGUCUCGAGGAGAGGAACAUACAAAACAUUUGUGCAUCCAGAAAUUUAAAUAAAUGCCAUAGCUAAAUUGGCAGUGCUAUAUCCAUAAGGCUAAACUGGUGUUUUGGUUCUAUGGUGUAAAUGCACAAGGAUCAGAAGAGUUAGUGAAUAAUGGAGGUUACUGAGAUUAGGGCUUGGCAUCUUAAAAUGAUUAUAAAUUCUUUGAUUAUUAUUUUCUGGAGUGGAUAACAUAUAGUCUCUUAACUGUAUUUUGUACAGCUUGUCACCACCGACAGAACUGGCAUUAUUAGCAUACCACAUUCAUCACCAGAAAGAAUGGAAGGUAACAACUUGUUUUGCAUGUACAGCAUCACUUUGGAAUUGUUCUCACCUCCUAGGACUAAAAAAAGGCAAAAUAGCAAUAAUAGGGUGUGUACAUAACUUGCAAGCAGUUCCACCUUCAAUGAAAAGCACUGACAAGGGGCACAUGCAGUGAUGUUACCACAGAUGCCAGUUACAGGGCUUGGUUCCAAAAGAGGCUCAUUGUUGAGUUUUCUCUUGGUCUUAGUCUAGUUUUCCUUUUACAACAUACACUGGAUAUGUCUACCGUAGCAGAAUUAUUGGUUCAGCUGUCAAGCUAAACCAUGGGUUGGCAUAAGCAAGCCCUGGCCUUCAUGCUCCCCUCCAUCAUGCCAUUCUGCAUUGCCUCUUUUGCAGCAAAACUAGUUUGCUGUAACAUCCAAACCACUAGACUAUGGUUGCAUCUGCCCUCCAAACUAGACCAAUAAUGAUCAAACUGUAGUUUGCAGCUGCGAUUUGGUCACAGAAUCAUGGUUUGCAGGUUUGAAUAUAAUGGCACAUUAUGCUUUUGUCCAUAAAAAGGGGAAUGGAAUCAGAGCAGGGGAGAAGAGGUGGGUGUGCAAGCCUGAGGCUUGGUAAUUCAUGUGAACUGAGCCAUUCUGACAUUUCAGCAAGAUUGGUAGUGAUCAUAUAAUUGAUCAUGUAAAUGAUCUCAAAUAAGCAAGAUAAGUGAAGAGUUCUAGAUCAUAUGAGUGGCCAGAUUCAAUCUGGAAUCAAUCACAGGACUUUAGUAUACAGAUAUAGGGAAGUUUCCCUGACGUAUUUCUUAGACAUACAAGCAAUACAUAUACGGUGUGUCUUGGGGUUAUUUUAGCUAUGUGAGUUACAUAGGACCUGUCUUUAGCGAUGACGAUGCUGAUACAAAACACAGUUUGAGAUGCUGAUGUUCAGGUAGCAGCACUCCAGAAUUACCUUCCACCUCUCUCAUUGAUAGUGGUAAACAAUAAGCUUUACACUUUAGCAAGCAUAACUCAGUUAAAUAAGCUGUUCAAUUAUCUACAUUUAACCAAUGUUUUGUUUACCUAUAGCAGGCAGAGGGGAGGGGACAAUAGAGAUGACAUUUUUAAUGACGAUGACACCCUACUUUUUUUUUUUACUGCACUUUUCUCUGCAGUGGUGCAGAUGUUUAUGGCAUCCAACACCACAGUAGAUUCCAUCCAAGCUUUAGAUUUACAAAUGUCCAGUCAAACUGCACAGAUUUUUGUUGUUGCUAUGUUGAUUUCUGCUAUUUCUUCCCUAUCAGAUGCUCACAUAAUGUGCAAACCAAAAAAAGAUAGUAAACUAAUGAUAGUAAAGUAGGGAGAGGAUUGGUUUAAUUCUGAAUGUCCUAUAUUAUACAGUUUGAUGCCAUUCAAGAACCUGGUGAACAUACCUAUGAGCCCUGUGCUUCCCAAGCUCUCUGUUUGUUGCGUGCAUGCCAAGUUAACAUGCACUGCUGGUUUCAGCAAUUGACAGAACAGGUGCUCAGCACAGUGACAAGCAGAUCUCCCCAGGUUUCCUUUGGAAUGGACUUUCCAAAAUGAUCUAAAUUUGGCUCAGAUUCAAGCCUGAAUUUUUACACUCAGGCCCAUUAAUAUCUCAGUGUCCUCUUAGUAAUGUCAUCAGGGGUGUGAACCAGGCUCCCUUCUUCCAUUUCCCUUUGCAAACCUUCUGGUUGCCUAUUUUCUCUGCCUCCUCCUCCUCCUUGUGGUGACUGUUGCCUUAAUUACAUGGCAGGAACAUGUUGGGCCCAGGGAAUUAAAGACUGGGAAACUGCAGCUCCCAGGACUUGUAGCAGCCUGGGUGCUUCUGUGAGCAUGUAUCCUGGGUGGCCAAGGUGCCUAGAAAUGGCAGCUUCCCAGUUUCGUGUAGUUUCCAAUCUCCACAGUGCUGUUGUUGCCUAAUGAAUACAGCCACCCUUCUUCUCAUUGCCUAUUUCUGCAGUAGAAGUCAAGAGGAGGCUGUGAUGGAAGGAAGGCUGGUGCUGGUGAGCUCAGAUGGAAUCUGGCAGAGAUUUGGGUUUUGCCUGUAGGUUACUUAGGAAUUUUGGACUGGGGAAGUUCACACCUUGAAAACUCUACCGGUAGUUCAAAACGUCAUCCAUUUCACUAUUGUGGAUUGCUGAGACUGAUCAGAAGAGGGGUUGUUGGAUGUGUUGAAGGUUCCCCCCCCCCAUAGACUCACCACACCCUGAAAGGGGAUUCUUUACCUUCUAAAUUUCUCUAUGCUACAAAACGAUAUUAAGGCACACCCAAGCCUUCUCUGCCUCAGGAGCUGAAAGCUUUUUAGUUUGACCAUAUGGGUAUUGCUGCUGCCUUCCAUGAGAAAGCAAAUGUCCACCUUUGGAGCUACCCUAGCAUAACAGAGAGGGAAUAGGGUCGGGUGUUGUGCUGCGAUGAGUAGCAGAUGAGUUGGACAGUAUCACAGUAUUGGUUUGAAAUUGGUGUGAUGUGUGACACGUUGAGCCCCUACCAUUUACCAUUAUGGAUUGCUUGCAGUUGAUACUGAGGGCUGAUCUCUUCCACCCAUCUAACAGUUCAGGUGGACACGUUCUGUAUUACGUUUUUGCCCAUAGUAAAAUGAGCACCUAAGCAUUUCACCAAUAAAGCAAAAUCACUGCUGGGUUCACGCUGAACAGAAAAAUGAAAUCCCACUCAUCUAAGCAUAUGAAUACCAGUAGUCUGAGUUUAGUGAUUAAAUGCUCAGGUCACCAUGGGCAAAAGCAUCCAGGCAAGCUAACCAGCUCAUGUGAAUCAGUCCUCAGUAACCACCACAAUCACAGCAUUGUCUAUAGGGCAUACAGGGACAGUCUGAAAGCAUACUGGAUGUACAGGAAUGAACACCAUGUACACAGUUUAAAAACAAGUGUUUGUAUAAUCACUUCAAAAGGACAGAAGCAAAAAGUAUUCAGUCGAAGUUGCAUGAUUUGAAUGGUAGUAGAAUUGAUGGGCUAUCUGGACCUGUUCAAAUGAGAUCUGUUCCAAAGUACUAUAAGAAUCCAUGAGUCCAAUAUGGUACAGUCAUGUUGGAGCAGUCUAUUGUUUAAGGCGGCACAGAGAUUCUGUGGCACAUAGGGCUGUUGACCAUUUUAUGGAUGGUGUAAGAGACAUAUUUCUUGUCUUCAUUGGCCCUUCUGAAUCUCAUCCUGCAAAGAAAGUGCUCUUUGUCUGCCUUUUCCCCCGUUACUUUUCUUUUUUCAAACUCACUGGGUUGUAUCCAAGAAAGUUGUUCCACUGCCUGCAGAGUAUAGCUACCCCUGCCUCUCCUCCUCCUGUGAAGCCUCAAAAUUGGGGUUUCCCCCCCCAACCCUCUGGAGCAGAUUUGAAUAGGGGUGAAGAAAGUUCUGUGCUAACAGAACAAUUUCAUCGUAUGAAGCCAAUGUAUGUAGCCCUGAAUGCAGCACUGCACCCACUGUCUCGUCAAGAUAGUUGUAGACAUUGGGUUGGAUCCAGACUAAGUCUGCAUACAGUGGUACCUCUACUUACGAAUUUAAUGCGUUCCGAACACACAUUUGUAAGUUGAAAAAAAUUGUAAGUCAAAUCCCAUAGGAAUGCAUGGGGGGGGGAAUUCGUAAGUAGAAGCAACCCUAUCUAAAAAUUCGUAAGUAGAAAAAAAUCCUAUCUAAACCGCAUCCAAGAUGGCGGACAGAGCUCCAUUCGUAAGUAGAAAUAUUCGUAAGUAGAGUUAUUCGUAAGUAGAGGUACCACUGUACUUACAUUGGGGUAAGUCUUAUUGAGCUCUGGGACUUACUUAUGAGUAGAUAUGCAUAGGAUUAUGCAAAUUGGCUGAAAUUAUGUCUCAUUGAAAUCAAUGGGGCAAGAUUGUCAUGAAUUAAGUCCAAAGUAUUUCAAAUGGGACUCGGUUCCACUCACUUAGUCUGCAUCCAGCUUUCCCUCUUUCAAUUUGUUUCAUGCACCUGGUGUGACAAAACAUACCCCAGCAUGAUUUGAUCAGAGAUCUCCCUAAAUCUCAGUCUGUUAUCAUUGCCCAAGCACACUUUUCUUUAACGUAACCCUCUUACAGUUGAAGUAACUGUUCCUCACUGUGACAUCUAAAUGUGGGCUCACCAGCACAGAGGACAUCUUGUGUCACCGUAUUACACUUCCUGAGACAGCAUAUCAGUUCUUUUACGGCUAGCAUGCAUACGUCUUGGUUUAUGACACUUCAGUUUUCCUUUAGUGCUACAGGGACGGCAUUUCUGAUUUUGGACUAAACUCACAAGGGCUUUAAGAAACAAAAAAAGGGCUGCUACCUACAACAAGCUAAAUAAACACAGAGUAGGAAAGUGCCCCCAAAGGACCACUACCCAACUCUUCUAGCUGCAGUGUAGCGUUUACAUGGCAGCAAACUCUCUUUGCCUUAGUAAAGAUGCUUCGCUGCAUUAUGGCCUUACAAUGGGCAUAGCAGCAUAGACACAACAUACUGUUUGAUUGAGGUUAGGCCAAGGUGGCAUUUCAUUGGAUGGUAUUGGUUUUGGUUUUGUAUGAUUUAUGUACUGAAACUGAGUUUUUAAAAGCCUUACUUUUUUAAAAUAGAAAGAAAACUUUGUGGAUUUAUGAAUGUGUGCACGUUGGUGCGUGUGUAUGUUUCUAUGUAUAGACACACAUACGCACAAAGGUAAAUAUCUGAAAUCUAGUAUGUGUCUCGUGAUCAGGGACAUCCUCUUGACUGUGUUACUUUUCAUAAAACAAGAGAAGCUCAGCUGGAUCACCAGUUGUCCACAUAAGCUGAAAAGUCACUGGUUGCCUCUAGUAGGUAUUCCCAGGCUCCUGCUGGGUUUGUUCAAUACUAUACAGGUCACUUGGAUCAGCUCACACAGCAUAUUCCUGCCAGGUGGAUUCAAGAACCUGUUGCUGAUGUUCUCUGUACUUUUAUUUGUUAAGUAGUAAAGUCAGAUCAGCAGGGAGAUAGGCAAUGGCUUGUUUAUAACACAGAUCGAGCAAUCUGGACUUGAGUAUUUCAUGACAACAGCAAUAAAUGUUGAGAAUUUCCCUUUUUUUAAAAAACAAACAAACAAUAUUUCAGGUGCAACAUUUUUAGAGGAUUUUAUUCAAUGAAUUAGCACUGGUGAACCUGAUUCCUUUGUAUCUAUUGCCAUCACUCUUUGGAAAAGGGUUUCAUGAAAUCUUAAGAUCACACAAUGAAGAUUGAAUGAACAAAGGCAGAAAGGACAUAUUUCUGGUUUUGAUUGUAAUUUUUCACAAGGUAGCCUAGCCUCUUUGGCCAAUAACAUUGUGUUUCAAGUGCAUUUUUAGAUAGUUCUUACUGAACAGGACAAGAUGAAUUUUUUAGGGUUGUAGCAGUGUUUUCCAGCAUUUGUUUUUAAUGUUUAAGAAUCAAAAGAUGAUGAUGGCCAAAAAGCCUUUGGAAAACCAUGAACUCUGAUAGUGUGUGUGUGUACGUGUGUCCUUCCUUCUGUCCAUGGUAAUUGCACAGAUGCAAACAUAGUGACAUGUAUAUGAAGUCAGCUCUGUAGUUGGUGUUACGUUUGUUUAAAAUCUAUUACUGAAGACUGUUCCUUGACCUGAAAAUUAAGAAAGACUGCUGAUUUGUUCUCUCUCAAAUGACUUUAUUGCACUAUAGAGCAGCUCAGUCUCAGGAAUUUACUUGUUACUUUGACUAUGUAAAUAAAGCUUUCUGAUUCUGUA